AUGCGUACAUGGGAUGCGGUUGGGGCUCCAGGGGCGAUUUCUCAGAGACUAACCAAGGAAGGAGUAGUUGCCGACCGACCGGGGCUGCGGGUGAAGUCAGUACCUUUACCGGACCUCUGUGGCGUACUACGGGUAAACGUUAGUCCACGGAACCUCGGUUCCCUGGCGAAGGUCCCAGGAAACCACAUGUCCAACGUGGGAGAACCGCUCCCUGCAGCUGACUGGAGCCAAUCUGGGAGUCAAACCUGGUGCCCUGGGCGCAUGCGUGGAGGAUUACCUGGUCAGUAUUUUCUCAUACCCGAUGUCCGGCAGAAGGUGAAACAAGGAGAGGUGCAAGAGCACCUGGAUAGCAAGGGCUCGCGGGGGCACGCGAGGGGCAGGGACGCGCGCGCGCGAGGACAGACACUUGUGCGGGGCAUUAGCUGGCCCCCUCUCGAAAACACGGAGCCGGGGGGUACGCCAGGGCAUUCACUUGCACCCAACGUUUUGGCGGAGACUGCGGGGGGAAUCAACACACCGCCACAGGUGGUGCCCGAGGAGACACCCACGCGGCACCAGCAGCAGCAGCAGGGGAAUAAACGAAAGGGGGACGAGCUAACGCCGCCCGAGAACGCUGCACUCUCGGACGGGGAGCUCUUCCUCCCGCGCAGACUCGAGGUAGAAGAGAAAGAGAAACCGCGGCAUCAAACUGUGACUACCGCGGGGGAGGGGAAGGGAACGGCCAGCCCCUCAGGCGAGGAGGAGGCAGCACAGACGCUUCUGGGAGCUCGCCAGAAGCGCCAGAAGAGGUGCACAGCUAUCAUCAAGGGAACUUACCUGGAAGACGACUCCGAAGCAGGGGAGUCUGGGUCAGAGUGGAGCGCGCAGGGCUCGAACCGGCGGCCAACAAAGAACCCUUCAGUGGGGAAAAGGAAGGUCAGAGCCGGGGCUAGGUCUCCAAAGAAAAUCCCGCAGGGGGCAGGCCCUGUGGAAUACAGGCUCAUGACAGCAUCGGACCUUGGGGCACAACUAAUGGAGUGGCUCGAGGAUAUAGACGCCGUAAGGAUGAGGUGCAAAUCCAUGCAGGGCAGGCUGAGUGGCGAAAUAAAGAGAAAGGUGGGUUUGGCGAAGGAGGCCCUACUUACACUCACCGUGAAAGCGGAGGCAGCGGGUGACCCCGCUCUCCUCCAGGCGCGCAACACGGACCUAGAGGCUCAGUUGCGUGAUACCCGUAGGGAAAGGGACGAGCUCCAACGGGAACUCGAGAAAAAUCGACAAGGCCGAGAGAGGGCUCAGACGGAAAUAGCGAACCGGGCGACAAGCUCAUACGCACAGGUUGCCAGCAGGGGCCCUGUGGCGAGAGCCGGCGAGCGACGGUCGGAAGCCGCCCAAACGACGAUGGUGCUUGACCUGGGAGCGGCCACUAGGAGGAGCGAGGUGGAGGCCAAUGAGGGGCCGACGACGGCGACAUCAGCGGGUGCUUCGGAGUUCGAACUUCGCUUAACGGGAUCCGAGCUUCGACUCAUUCCGGACAGUGACAGGGUCAGGGACGAGGAGAUGGCCAGACAGUCCGCGGCCCUGAAACAGGUACGAGAGGAGGUGGGUAGGAUAUCCCUCCUGCUCCUCGAUGCCUCGAGCAAGAGCGGAGCAGCUGACCAAGACCCUCUUGGUAAGGGUACGGCACAACCUCGCGGCACGCAGGCCACCACGGAGAAGGUGCAGAGGUCCUCGGGUGACCGGGGUGCGACCGACACUCCGAUGGAAGUCGAUGACGGCGCCGAUGCAGAGAACGGUAGGGGUGGCUGGAGUACGAAGAGGAAGAGAAAAGGAAAGCGCCUUGGGGUGGGAGUGCCGAGUGGGGCAGCAGUGGAAGCCACACAGACUGCCCCAACAGGGGCCCUGCGGCGUACCGGGGAGGACAGACCCACGGUGGCUCGCCGUAGAGCACCGAGGACAGCAGCCGUUGCUAUCAAAAGCAGAGAGGAGAACACCCCGUAUGCGGAAAUACUCAAGUUCGCACGCGAGAAAAUACAACUCGCGGAGCUUGGUAUAGAGGAGACGAGGAUGCGGCGGGCAGCUAACGGGGGGGUUCUCAUUGAGAUUCCUGGCCCCGAGAAUACGAGGAAGGCGGACGCUCUAGCGGCGCAGCUGACCAGAGUAAUCCUUGAUAAAUACGGCAACGCAGUCUCAGUGACAAGGCCGGUUAUCAAGGGCGAACUGAGAGUCCUGGGCUUGGAUGACUCAGUGUCCACCGAGGAACUGGCUCGCACCCUAGCCGAGCAGGGUGGCUGUAAGGUGGAGGAGGUCCGUGUAGGUGUCCCGAGGAGGACACCGAAUGGGCUAUACAGCGCGUGGGCACAGUGCCCCCUGAGGGCAGCUGUGGCUGUCGCGAAGAAGGGCAAGGUGAGGAUCGGUUGGACCACGGCCAGGGUAGAGCUGCUGGAGGCGCGCCCCAGGCAAUGCUACAAGUGCUGGGGCUUUGGCCAUAUAGGGAGUACGUGCAAGGCGUCGACAGAGCGCCGGGCCGCGUGCUACAGGUGCAGCGCUGAGGGCCACCAGGCGCGAGAUUGCACGGCCAACCCCAAAUGCGCGGUCUGCGAGGGGAGGGGGAUAGACAGCGCCCACAGGAUGGGUUCGGGACGUUGUACAUCCGUCGGCGAACGGGGUCGGAGGCCCGCGACUAAUUUAAGCGAGAAUGGUCAGCCGUACGCUACUCCGAGCGUGGCCACUUGGCUUAGCAGUGACGAUGGCCGGGCGGCCAUAUACUGGAGGGCAGAGGGUAACGUCCGCGGGGGCUCGCUCGUCAAAAGGGGAAGAGGGUACGUGGCCGCUAAGUUCGGGGAUAUAAUUGCCAUAUCGGUGUAUAUAUCCCCGAACAUUCUGAUAGCGGAGUUCACCGAGCAUCUGGACGACCUGGCUCGGGUGAUCCAGCUGGCGGGGAACAGUGGGAGGGGGGUACUGGUGGGGGGGGAUUUCAAUGCCCGCUCGCCGACCUGGGACCCGUCUGGGUCCAACCGAAGGGGAGAGCUGCUCGAGGAGUGGGCGGCAUCAUGCGGUGUACGUCUCCACAACACUGGGAGGACGGCGACAUGCAUUAGGGCACAGGGGUCAUCCGUCGUCGAUCUGACGUGGUCGUCAGUUAAUCUUGUACCCGUGAUCAAGGGGUGGCGGGUGUUGGAGGAGACGGAAACACUAUCCGACCACCGGUACAUCUCGUACGAGGUCGGUACCCCUAGACGCGCAGAGCACAGGGGUAAAAAGGGCCACAUGCGCUGGAACUGGUCGAAGUUCAGUCCGGAACAUCUGACAGAUGCUCUGUCCCUCACCCUUUCCUGGGGACCAACUGGAGGGGACUAUACGACGCCAGAGGGCCUUGCAGGAUGGAUCGAGCGUGCCAUGACGCAGGCCUGCGACGCAGCCGCACCGAGAGCUCGCACGGGGAAUCGCUCCAGGAAAGCGACAUACUGGUGGAGCGAGGAGCUGGCCGACAUACGCAGGUCCUGCAUAGCGGCGAGGAGGCGCCUCGCUAGGGGAAGGCGGACGGCUGAUGACCGUCAGGAAAAAGAGGCCGAGUAUCGGGCCGCCAAGAGGGUGCUCCGAGACGGCAUAAAAGAGGCCAAGGCCAAGGCGUGGAGAGACCUCAUCAGCUCCGUGGAAGCGGAUCCAUGGGGUCUCUCUUACAAAUUGGUGCUAGGCAAACUGCGAAGCUCCCAAAGAGGGUUGACGGAGACGCUGGAGGAGGAUACCCUCAGGAGCCUCCUUGAUGCCCUCUUCCCGAGGGGUGAUGGAUGCGCACCGAGGGCCCAGGGCGGCUGUCAGUGGGACGAACGGUGGGCGGUCACGGCGGACGAGGUUCGAGAUGCGCUUAAAAAGGCAUGCUCGCGCAAUGUCGCCCCGGGACCGGAUGGCGUUAAGGGAAGUGCGUGGGCGAGAGUUCCGGAGGGAAUGAUCGCACUACUGUCGAGGAAUUUCAGCCUCUGCCUGCGAGAAGGAGUCGUUCCGCUGCCAUGGAAGAAGGCUCGACUGGUGCUCAUCCCUAAGGGGGGAGCACCCACCGGACCUAUCCCCAAAGUAAGGCCGAUAUGCCUCCUGAACGAGGUGGGUAAAAUGUUCGAGAGGAUCCUGGUGGCUCGGCUGGGCAAAUGGAUGGAGGGGAAUCCUCGGGCGCGCUUGUCCGAGGACCAGUACGGGUUUCGGGAAGGGCGAUCCACGAACGAUGCUUUGCUAAGGGUGCGACGAUUCGUGGAAAACGCCACGGAGAAGGGGGGCUACGCGGUGGCUGUGUCUCUCGACAUCGCCAACGCAUUCAAUAGUUUGCCAUGGCCGUCCAUAAGGGACGCACUUAAAGACAAAGCGGCUCCGGAGUAUCUUCGACGGGUCCUGGAUUCCUACCUGUGGGACAGGCACGUGGAAUACACAAACGGAGAUGGAGAGCUGAGGAGUCUGGCAGUGACGGCCGGGGUCCCACAGGGCUCGGUUCUCGGCCCCCUGCUAUGGAACUUGACUUUCGACGAGGUUCUGCGGGGGGAGGGGAUUGCAGACUGUGUUACUGUCUGCUACGCGGAUGACACGCUGGUUUUGAGUUCCGCUGGGGAUCCAUCCACAGCGGUAGCACUGGCAAAUGCGAUGGUAGCCAGGGUAGUCCGGCGAAUUUCGGGCCUAGGCCUCACGGUAGCGGCGAGCAAGACCGAGGCUGUCCUAUUCUGGCGCGUGAAAAGGGGGGAAGCACCAAACACCCCAGACGUCAGAGUUGGCGCGGAGAGGGUGCUACUGUCGGGGUCCAUGAAGUACCUGGGGGUGCGACUGGAUCCCGGCCUGACGUUCAAAGCGCACUUCGCGUCCAUGGAGGCUAGGCUAGGGGGUGUCACGAGGACACUAGCGAGGCUGAUGCCAAACCUGAGGGGGCCAUCCGAAUCUAGGCGUAGGCUUUAUGCGCAAACUCUAUUCGCGGUAAUAAUGUACGGCGCUCCGGUGUGGGGGGAUGUGGCGAGGUCCUCAAAGUACAUCCAGCGAGUAAUUACGAGGUGCCAGAGAAGGAUAUGCGCAAGAGUAGUUGCGGCAUAUCGCACGGCCUCCUUCGUGGCCGUUUCGAUGCUGGCCAGGACCCCGCCACUAUAUCUAGUGGCUGAUGCGUACAAGCGCACAUUCCAUAGAGUGCGUGAACUGCGGUCGACCAGGACGUGGUCCCAGAGCAUGGUCAAAGUGAUUAGGGAGGAGGAACUGCGCGUAGCCCGCGAGCAAUGGAGGGUGGACCUCGGAAGUGCGGGGCUCCCCAGCGAGAGGUUGAGGUUAGCUAUCCUAGCGAACUGGACGGGAUGGUUCGACAGGGCACACGGGAGCAUGACUUUCCGUGUGACCCAAGUCUUGACAGGCCACGGGUACUUCGCGGAUUUUUUAUAUAGAAUAGGGAAGACGGAGAGGCCGACCUGCUGGUACUGCCGGCUGGAGGAAGACACGGCGAGCCACACGGUGGAGGCGUGUCCCGCGUGGAGAGACGAGAGGAAUGCCCUAAAGCGCGCCGUAGGGGAGGAUCUGACACCGCCGGGCCUGAUCAGGGCUAUGGUAGGGUCGAGAGAGGGAUGGGUGGCGGUGGCUAGCUUCGCGGAGCGGGUCAUGACGGCCAAGGAACAGCGGGAGCGGCUACGACAGCGAACGCGGCGCAGCGUGCACCGCGCGACCCGCUUGAGCGGGAGAAAUGGGGGUGGUUCGCGUGUAAGCGUGGGCAUGACGUAG